AUGUCAGGACGUGGGAAAGGUGGUAAGGCCAAAGCUUCGGGUAAGUCCGUCUCAAGAUCGUCAAGGGCUGGGUUGCAAUUCCCAGUUGGUCGCAUUCAUCGUAAACUGCGGAAAGGCAACUAUGCUGAGCGCGUGGGCGCUGGGGCACCCGUUUAUCUCGCUGCUGUGUUGGAAUAUUUGGCAGCUGAAGUAUUGGAGCUCGCAGGGAAUGCUGCACGUGAUAACAAGAAAACUCGUAUUAAUCCGAGGCAUCUGCAGUUGGCUGUAAGGAACGACGAAGAGCUAAACAAAUUGCUAGCUGGAGUCACUAUUUCUCAAGGUGGAGUCUUACCUAACAUUCAGGCUGUACUACUUCCCAAGAAAACUGCUGAGAAAGUCUAG